CUCAUUAACAUAAUUGCCGUUGCUGGACGGUGCAUAGAUACACGGGCACCCCAAAUGCUGCAGAGAAAAUAGAGAGAAACACACACACACCACACACACUUACACACAGAGCACAGACUCCCGCUCCAGUUAUCUUAUAACACCGUGAAUGCAGCACUCCAGCUCCCCCAUACAUUCCCCGUGUUUUAUGCGUACAUGUUUUACAGUACUUCGACCGUGCAUGGAAUACAACAUUACACCCGGGUCUACUGCUGUGCACCGCAAAGCAUAGGGGAAGCCUGUCUGGCAUAUAAUUUUCUGGCGGGAUACAAGGGGAGAUCCAUUUUUGGUUUGGGCUCGGAAAAAUAGGGGUAUCCUCGGCUCUUUACCCAAUACCCAAUGACCGAGUCUGUAUGUCGGCUGUAGAAGGAUCUCGGUGGAGUUAUUCUAGCUGGCCAUUGGCUCGCAGGUAUAAGUUGCUGGUCGUGGAGAUGAGAGAACGGGAGAGAGGGCGGGAGAGAAGCCCUCAACCAUCGCCAGGGUCUCAGUCGCAGAAUGACCGAAGCAAAGGAUCAAAGGCUUGCUGCUUCUGCUGGUGCUGCUGCUGUAGUUGUUCGUGCCUAACGAUGCGGAAUAAUUCUAGUGAUUCUAACGGGAAAAAGGACACACCUCUCGACAUAGUCAACGGGGAUUCAAACGAGAUGCCGACUCUGGACGAGAUCCGGCUGUGGCAUCAGUCGUUUGAUACCCUCAUGAGUAGCGGAAAGGGUAGAAGGAAAUUCCGAGAGUUUCUCCGCUCGGAAUACAGCGAGGAGAACUUGCUCUUCUGGCUUGCCUGCGAGGAGCUUCACAAGGAAACCAAUUCGGCAUCUGUAGAGGAGAAGGCAAGACUCAUCUACGAGGAUUAUAUAUCCAUUCUUUCACCAAAGGAGGUUAGUCUCGACUCGAGCACACGCGAGAUAGUGAAUAAUAACAUGGUAGACCCUACCAUACACGCGUUCGACGAGGCCCAAAAACAGAUCUACAUUCUCAUGCUACGGGACUCCUUCCCGCGAUUUUUAAAUUCCAAAAUGUUUCGCAACCUCAUGGAGACGGUGAGUCGGAGGGAGCCUUGACUAGAGACUAGCGCGUCGUUAUGGCAACGACCCCACACGUCUCGUCUCACAUGGUGGAUGUGGCAUACACCAUUGAUGACUUGUUUUAUUAAUUAGGUUUAUUUCUUCUGUUCGUUGUAUAAUUCAACAUACUCUCGAGAAAACAUCUUCAUCGUACAAGACUUAUUUCGUAUCAUGCCGUCGUUGCGAUAUACUGUAUUUUUGUGUAGAGUUAUGUUUCUUUUUUAAACGAAGUGGUCUUUUAUUUCUUAUUCGUGUGAAAUGUGAGGUGUGACAUUAUCUGUAGACAGAAUGGCACGCAUCUCCAGCAGGAACCGGUCAGAGCUGACGCUUGAUGAGCCGGGUCAUUUAGAACUUUCCCACUUAGAGAAUCUGGCCAUCAGAAAUGGCGCGAACGUCACUCAAUUUGUAGUGGACACAAGAUGAACUUUCGUGUUUUUUAAAUUUAAUGUUACUGUCUCUGGAUAGCGAGGGAAUAUCGGAGUUAACAUCAGAGCAUGGAUAAGGUUUAGAGAAUGCUCCUUUCGUUUCACAUGAAGAGUGAUUGUUUCGCACGUUCAUCUGCACAAAACAAUGAUGUGGUAGUGUUCAACGUGUCGCGUCCUUCAGCUGUCUGUGUCACGUGAUUUGACCAUGUCAGGUUCCGUGGUACCAAGUGCUCGUCACAAGAACAGCAAAUGUGUGUAUCAUGUUCUUCAACAGCGUCUAUAUAGUGUGAAGACAUUUUUCAACCAAUUAUUGUGUGUGUUUAAAAGAAAUCUGUUUUUGACGCACGAAGCACAAACACCGUAGAGAAUUGAAAAACAAACUGAGAACAUGAAACUGUGAAUUUUGUCAUGCAUUCAUCAGGAAAAAUCGUAUACGCUUUUUUAUAACCAACAACUUGAGCUCGCGAAAAGAAAUAGUGUUAUUACUGAACUAUUUUGUUGUCCAUUGACGCGUGGUUUACCUAUGGAGGCUUCUCCGGAUGAAUGGCGGUGUGUAUGAUGAUGGAAUCGACAGAUUGUUUCUUGUAAUUCCUCUGUCCUAAGGAUAUAUAUCGAUCAUAUCGAUUCUAUUCCAUCCGUUUUGUGCAUCCGGGUUUUCAAGUGUCCUUUUGUUGAUAUCUCGUUUGUAACCAAACAAAAGACAGGCAUGAUGGACCUUGAGAACAUUAACAACUCAUAAACAAGAAACUGAUAAUACAACUGUCGAAAGAACAGCGUAUCAAAAGCUUAUUUCUUCCAGGGAAAUUUACAAGUAAUAUCACAUGUACAUUCUGGCUUUCUUCUAGAAUGCAAUUGUUAUUUCCAUUCUUUUUUGUGACAGUUUUUCCUCGACUUUUUUCUGACUCAAACCUCGUGGAUACUUCGCUUUAGUUGCCUUUGAGGACCACCAAUACCUUCCACAAACAUUUCAGCGAAAUCUACCCGUUCGCACCAAUGACAUGACGACCGAGCCUCGUUUAGAAACUAUUUGGAGAGGAAGAUGGCAAACGACAAUACCAACGAUGCUUCACAGCCGAUAUGUCAGAUUUUUUAUUGAUUUGUUAUUCGGUCAUCUAGAGUUGGAAAUGAAAAUGACCGUUUAUUUGAUUGAUUGUUUUAACUAAAAGUGAUAGAAGAGGGUGGCCCGAUGUUCACGGCUUCCAGAUAGAUCUAGAACUGUCGAAGUGGAAGCAUUCUGAAAGGCUGUGUGCUAUGUACAGCGCACAUGCAGGGUUGAGACAAAGGAGGGUGCUAUACGUGUAUUGCAGAAGGACUCAGGAACUACCAGGAUUGAACCGAUCCAUGGUAGACAUACAGACUCUACAGUUUAACUGGACUGAUGUUGAAACAGCAAGGAAUCAGACAUCUAGGUGGAUCUCUAGAUACGUUGUGGUGAUAGGACUUGGUACUGUAACUAAGCAGGUUACUAAUAAUGAAGUGAAAACGAAUGUUAGGGUAACAAACUCUAAGACUCUUUCAACAGUUUAAAUGAAAGAUCCUUGGGUGAAGCUCAGGGGUAAAUAGUGUGUCAAGAGAAUCUUCACAAAUUGGGUAUUAUCUUUUUAAAGAUACGCUACAAUCUGUCAUUUCAAACCCAUUGUAAAUGAUAUACUUAUAGGUCUGUUUGAAAGUCUUGAAUCCGAAUUCAGAGCAGUUUUGAAGCCUCGGACAAACAUUGUGGCAAGUUCAUUAUCAAUAAUGAAGAGAAUAAUUUCUAACAAGAUACAAUCAUUAUGGGCAAGAAAUAAAUAUUUUGUUUGUACCCCUCUCUCUUUUUCCCUCAGUUUCUCUCUUUCUCUCUUUUCUGUCAGACAACCAAAUUUUGGAUUGUGAACAGUCUGAAUGGGUUUUUGAUCUAGGCGUUUCAACUUCAACAACCCAUUUCUCUUUCCUGAGACACAAAUCUGGCUCAACAACAGUAAUUUUUGUUCAGGGUAGCGUUUCACGAAACCGUCGUAAAUACAAGUUCGUCGACAACCCAUUGGAAUCGCGUCUAUUAAAUUUAUCACGCGUUUAAGUAGGGUGUCGGUGAGCUUGUACUCAGGACAGUUUGCCUAGUUCUCCGUCUCGAACCCAAGGCCGGCCCGAUUGCGUCACUUGGUGGUGGUAAAUUGACAUAUUCUUAUCUUCCCGUGUCAAGCAUUGUAAACAGUGAUUGAUGUUGUAUUUACAAUCCUUGCCAGAGUGAACUCUGACACUCUGAAACGUAUUUUUGAAUAUUUUAUAAGCCAAUUUAGACAAGGAGAUAAAAAUGUCAUAGAGGAAUAGGGCAGUUAUUAAGAUCCAAUGAAACUGAUGGACAUGCCUUUUUGAUGUUAACGAGAACUUGUUUCCACUGGAAAUUUUAAUGAAGUGUUAUGUUGCAAUUAAUGACCCAUCUUCUUGAACCUAAUGAUAACUAAUGGUUUUGCUGUUGAGAUUAUCAAGGUUAGUUAUGCAUGUUUUCAAGAGAUUUUGGAGCUUCUGUUUCCAUUGUUUGACAAAGCGUUGCUGUUUGCCAGGACUUAGACUCCUCUCCAGUGCUUGUCUUGCAGUUACGUGUUUCUUGGGUUUUUAAGUAGAUAGUUCUCUACACAGACAAGACGAACAAACGAGGUUCAAACGGCUAACGACGAGUCUACUAUAUUGACGAAAUUUUAGAGAUGAACUAAACACGUGUAUAUAGUAUUUGAUAGAAUUAUACGUAAGUGUUUAAUAAGACACAAACAUCAGACAGUAAGGCUUGCGUUAUUCUAGCUGCCUCUACAGAAAGGGACCAAAUUUACCAAUAAACAUUUUCUGCCAAUGUUUCGAGCGGUAGAACGUGUGAAGGGGUCGCAAGCCGAUAAUGUGUUCACAUUAUCACAUUUUUUGAAUAUUCCAGUUUUGUUGUUGGUUGUGAUUCUUGGUGUGUAAGUAGAUGGAAGAACCUUGCAGCCAGUUUUGAACAAACUACUCGUCAUGAUGUCGUUUUUUUUAACGUGAAAGCUUCUUUAAGUAGUUAGUCCCAGUGUUGCUUUUAUAGAGCUUGCGAAAAUACAUUUGUGUACCGCAGUCAUGCUUAUUCAUUCAUUCAUUCAUUUCAUUUUUGGCUUCUUUCUGUGAGUACAUUUGCUUUUGCUACGCCUUAUACAUCUAACCUGCCAUAUUUCACCUUAAUCAGGGGGAGGUAACCACAGUAUAGAGUUAUCAUCCGUAUGCGAUAUGAUGAGGGGAAUAUCUACUUGUGAUCAUGAAGAAGGUAAGAAAUAAGAUAUUUCUGUAAUUGUAGGUGCCUGAAGCCAAUUUUUACUAUAUAUCAAGAUGUAAUAACCUCGGAUGUGGUUGUGGUUAAGGGGUAUAUUCCAUUUGAGCGAAUGUUCUGAAGGCAGAAGACCUGUGCCCGGCAUAGAACCUCUGCCAGGUUCGCGAGACCGAAAUGUCAAAAGACUAAAGUUACCUGCAACUUGAACUUCUUACAAUACAACCAAAGGUCCUUGAGACCAAAUACUCGCAGACAGCUAAUUGUUAAUACCGACUAUACAACCGACGAGACCAGUGACCAAGAAGGCCGACAGUGUUACCCUUGCAAUCCUUCUGAGGUUAUUAUGAGGGUUUGUGCAUGAGAGGGACUGGUCGGUCUCGUUUACUGUUGGUCUCGUGGGCUGUCGAUCUAUAUCAAAAUGUCCCAGUCGAUAACAACGUGUAAUGGACCUAAGGGUUCUUGUGGCACUGUGAUAAUUACUGUGAACCUAGAUUAUGGCAAACCAUGGUUCGCUAUAUCGUUGAAUUUAAUGUCAGCAAGUCAGAAUUGUGACAAUUCUUGUUGAAACAUUUAACGUAGACUGUCGAAUAUGAUUAUUGUCCAUCGUUGAGAAACGUUCUCGAAAAGCCGAGUCGUGGAUUUAAUUCAAAUGUGUUACUUUUAUAUCUGUUACGGAUAUUGAAGUGUUUCAAGGACUCCUAUACGGAUUUCAAAACAAGAAUGGAAGGGAAUCAUAUUUCUAUUUGUUAUUAAGAAUGACUAGUGCUUAACACACGUGAGGAGAUACAGGGUAGAACACACUAACAUGUCAUGUAUAGAAAUUGUAAACAAAUUGACGAAGAAAGGCUGAAUUAUUGCAAAAUUCUCAUCUAUAAUUUGUUUAUUAGUAACAUUUGCGUUCGGAUGGAGGGCCUUCCGACCAUCACUGCCUGAUAGUACAUUGAAAGUAAUCACCAACUUACAAGUCCUUUCCUUUCCUGCAGGUAUCGGGAAAGUCCGAAUGUAAUUGGCAAACCAAGCUGUGGUGAUAUAUAUGGUUAGGGGAUAUUCCGACCAGAAAAUAAAGGUUCCUGUUCAAACCUGGUCCGAAUACAAUUACUUAAAGGGGAAUCCAACUUUGGUAAAGCAGACUUUUGAAAUCUUACUGAUUUAUUUCAAACUUUCUCCAUUCUGUUUAAUCUCUAAUUUUUCUACUUUCAUUCAGAGUAACGUAUUACAUGUACAAAGGUUGGAUUGCCCUUUAAUAUUAUUAUCGAAACUGAACCAAUCUUUCCCUAAACGUUGGUCUUUUCCUUUUAUUGGGAUCAAAUCAGAUAUGCUACUUUUUACAGUCUAAGCUAAAUUUAUAAACAAUUCAAUUACUGUCACGACCAUGUCAUAUUAAUGUUGAAUAUUACCUUGAAAUAAUAUUUAGUCUAACGCCCUCCUUCUUAAACCAGAUAAUAUAACAUCAAAGGCUUAUGGAAAGUAAUAUUGUUUGUUAACUCAUUGCUAUGCUGUGUAUAUUGAUAAACAUGGGGGUACGUAAUAUCCUGAAAACUAUGCUAUCUUUGUUUGCACAAUGAUGUUAAUUGUCAUACCAGAUUAAAAUUAGGACAAGUCAUUGGUAAAUGUCUGCGCAAAACUGGUUGAGUUCACGAAAAGCUAAAAGAGACAUCUUCGCAAGCAACGAUGGUAACUGGUAUAGUUCCGCGCAAAAUCAGUUUGUUAUGACAAUUAACAUCGUUUUCAUUAUCCCUACCAUGAAAAAAAUAAAUAUUUUUCAGAAUAUGGCCCCACAAUGUUAAACAUGUGUAUGGAUUUUAAAAGAACGCAAGGGUUGUAUUUUAUUCUUCUCAAAGUAUUCGUGUGUAGUCCCUUUUUUAGAGAACACCAUGUGUUUAAUUUGUGUAAUCAAAUUUUAGAUGCCAUUGCCAUCGCCAUCUCGUUCUUGUUUAUGAUUUGCUUGUGCAAUAGAUGCUAAACAUGAAAAGGAAAAAGUUGUUUUUAGUUAACUGAUUGUACGUAGAUUUUCUACCAAUGAGACAAAUUUUCUAUUUGGAUGUUUCAAAGUGUGGCUUUAUGUGUCCAUCGAGUUGUAUUUUUGAGAUUUCAAUUUUUGUUUUAAUUUUAAUUUUUUUCUGGCUGACCAGUGAUGACAGUAGAUAGGUCAUAUUUUAGUAAAUUUUGUCAAAAUCUUAAUAUUUCUGGUUCACCACGUCUUGCUGACAGUCGUAGAUGGGUUUUUUUUUUAUUAUUAUUGAUAAUGCGAUCGCAAAGACUUUCAAGAAACAAAACUUGUGCAAUGCCAAUAGCCGUGUCCGUCAUGCAUGGACACGUGCGAACAUUACAAUGGUGCAUUGUGCAUAAUCCCAACACGAUUGCUAUGGGAUGUACAAUAGGGUAUUAAAAAUCGCCCUUGAGUUGAUUCCCCCCCCCCCCCCGGACAGCUAAAUGGUUUUGUUUUAGCACAGAUAUUGUGUGUAUGUAAGGGGACAAUUCGGUAUUUAUAAACAGGCCUAUUAUCUAUAGAUUUUCAAUAGACGUUUCGUGGUCUCGUGGAGCAGAUUCCGGACUAUUGACCGCAAAGUAGUGACAGAUACGGGGUUCAAAUCCCUGCCACGGCACUAACGUUAUGUAUAGCAAGACGUUAACCUACAUUUUGCUACUCUCUACCCACGUGAAUUAAAUUGGUAACCAGACAGAAAGAAUACAAUUCCUUGAAUGCGGGCCUUGAAUGCGGGCCUUGAAUGCGGGAGCGCCUUUAUACCCAACCUUGCCUGUACUUUGAUAUGAGUCAAUGAUAUAAGAAAGCUAAGAUAUAGUUUGUUUAUAAACAAGCGAUUCAUUUGAUGAGAAGUCCUAUGCAUGUACUCCUCAGAGAAUUCCAGAAUUACAAUGGGAAUCACAGAAAUUAAUGAUACAUAAUAAAAGUAAUGGCCAAAGAUUUUACGGACGAAGUUUAUUCCGAAUAAUUGUUUCUAUUUUCUCCCCAGGGUAAAAAAAAAAUUCGGUCCAUGUUAGUCCCUUUCUCAGCAAGACGUGGGAAUCAGUGCUGUGUGAACGAAAUAGUUAUUAUUUGUGAUUUUUUUUUCUUUUCUUAUACUUUUUAAGCUGGAAAAGUACAGUCAGCGCUCGUGUAGCUUAUAAUGCCGUCUUUGUAGCUGUGAUGUCUGUUGGUAAAGAAAAAAAGUUUAAACAGGAGUCCAGAAUUGAUUAAAAACUGCACGACACAGAUUGUGACGUGAAACGUUUCAAAAAA